AUGACUUCUACGACAUUAGCGGACCUCCCGGCCGAGCUGCUUCAUGAUAUCUUUGGAUAUAUAGGCUGGACGGAGAUAAUCAAGUCUUCAAGAUUGAUAUGUAAAAAAAUAAAAGGUGUCGUCGAACGAGACUACUUCUGGCAAAAACGUCUAGAAGAUGCCAUCCAGCUCCCAUAUAGUCUCAGCAAUCUUCCGCGGUUUAAAGAUGUCCCGACAAUGCGGCUUUUCCUCGCAGUCACCAAAGCCCGCACCUAUACUUGGGGAGAAAGCGCUCUUGGUAAGCUUGGCCACUCGUAUCCAAUCACCGCUAGUACAAGAGGCAUUGGGACCCCGCUGGAGAUCAGAACUCUGCGAGAGGUCUUUGUCGUAGAUAUCAAGGCUGGCGGUUGGAGUACUCAUUUUCUCACUUUCGACGGCAAGGUUUAUAGUUACGGGUCGAUGAAUGGGCAGUAUGGGUUUAGGCAGCGUGAUAAUUCUGGCGAUGCUAUUAAGAUGAUGAUUGAUACCCCCAUCGCGCGCAUCUCUGCUGGCCGUAACCACCUCAUUGCUCUUGAUGUAGAGGGUCAGAUUUACUCUUAUGAAUCCCUUCAGAGCCCUCCCAAACGAAUCGAUUUUACGGAGAGCUGGAUUGUUAAAUCAGAUCCGUACUCAAGCUCCACUGAAGUUGGAAAGGUUAGGAAGGUUGUGGGUGGGUGGGAUUGCAGUGGUGCAUUGGUAUAUGGACAUGGCCUUCUCAUCUGGAAGCACGAUAAAAGGAUCCCCAGUACCAGCAGGAACAUAGGCGAACCCGAGGAUCGUAGGCGUGUCCAGGAGAGCCUAGUUACAGCACCUAUCCUUGACCCGCAGGAACACCAAAGGACAACUAACCUGGAGCGCGAAAAGGAAAUCAUUGAUUUCAUUCUUAUUGAAGGUUUUAUUGUUUUUGUAACUGCAGGCGGCAGGGUUUACUGUAUAGAGGAGAGGGACGGCGUCCCUAUUUUACCGCCAGUCUUUCUUCCUCACUUUUCCGUGCACGAACCCACGGAUGAGGAGAUCCUUGAUCUGAAGGGAUACAGGAACAAGAAGGCUGACCGCAUCUCAGGGUUUUUCAAGAAGUUUGCGGUUUACAAUAGGAAUGGACUUGUCCAUGUGGGGGAUGCCGACCUUCUCAGAAGAGCUGUUGAAAACAACCGUCGGCCAGAAGUUCCAGAGAAAGAGAAAGACGAAAUAAGACCACUAGCCAUUCCAAUCCUCAACAAAUUUGGCACAAUCGCUCAGAUAGUUUUUGGCGACUACCACAGUCACGCAGUCACACAGGACGGAAGAUUACUGUCUUGGGGUGUAGAGAGUCAAAAUUGCGGAUGCCUUGGAAUCGGGGAUCUUAGAGAAGCGGAACGUAGAGGUGUGGUGUGGCAUUGGGAGAAUGGAACUCUUGAUGAAGCUGCAGAAGUGUUCUUCCAGGAUCCGCCAUACCCUAAAAGCUGUUAUCCGCCCAGAGGGGAGGAUGGUAAGCCUCAGUGGGAUGUCAUAGAGAAAUCGGAAGGCACAGAAGAAGACGUGUGCCUGGACAAGAGAGAAUAUUGUGUUUUGGGAGUUUCGGCAGCUGGAUGGCACUCGGCUGCACUUGUUCUUCCUGUUACCGAUGAUUUACUCUUCGGAACUGAACCUGAGGAACGCACUCCCGAAGCUCAGGGAUCCUCAAACCGUGAUCUUGAGGUUGAUGUAAAUACGUUGGCGCCGCCCUUCGUUGGUCAUGGCGGCGUCGAAGGUGUCUCAAGUGUUGCGAGAGGUAUGAGGGGUGGAUUGAGGGGUGGAUUGAGGGGUGGAUUGAGGGAUGGAUUGAGGGGUAGGAUCGGUAUGAUGGGUGGGUUUAUGAGUGGAGUUUCUUCUAGCGGCGUGCGUGUGACGGGGUUAGACGAAGAGAUGAGACAGGAAGCUCAAGAGCUGUCCCGCGCAGCUGGUGCGAGAGAGCCUGAAGAUGAUAGGCCUCUUAGGCUCGGGACAGGAGACUCCCGGCACAAGAACAAGGGGAGUAAAUUAGAGCAGGCGAUUCGCCUUCGUCUCACCUCUGUGAUGUGUGACACAGCAACGACGACUCUUUGUGCUCCGCCUCAUGUGUGGUACGCAGCUUCAUUAGUACAUACCCUAGUUACCGAGCUGCUGGCUGUCGACAUUUCGGUCCCUCAAGUUUCAACGGCUGGCGCUAGCACACACAUAUCUUCUAAGAAACAAAAAACAAGCUACCCAUCAUCCAACACCUACGGCUCCCCCACUCCCGGCGCCUACCAGCAACAACCCCCGCAACAGCCAUACGGUGCCUACAACCCCGACGCCAAACCCCCCACCGGCUACUACGACAACACUUACGGCGCCACCCCCAACCCACAACAACCCUACUACCCCCCUCAGCAGCAAUACGGCGCCUACCAGCAGCCACAGACCCAGCAGCCCCAGCAGCAAUACGGCUACACUUCCCCGCCGCCCCAGCAGCCCUACUACCCCCCCACCGGCGGCGACUACUACGGUAACCGCUCCGCCUCCGCUACGCCGUCGACGGCGUCCACGGGAUAUCCCCCGCAGCAGCAGGCAUACGCGGUGCAGCAGCAUCAACAGCCAGUGUAUCAUCAGCCACAGGGCCCCGGGGGCCAGAUGGACCCGUAUGCGUACCAGCAGCCGUCAGGGCCUGGUGCGUAUGCGGAUGGGUCGCAGCCGGGGUAUGGGCAGCCGGGGGCGGAGGGAGAGAGGGGGUUGGGCAGUACGUUGAUUGGUGGCGGCGCGGGAGCGUUCAUUGGGAGUAAGAUGGGAUUUGGGAAAGUCGGAGGUGCGGUAGGGGGAGCUAUCGCGGCGAACUUGUUGAGCCACCAUAGUAAGAAGAAGAAGCACCACUAA